UUCUUCGGUCACACUAUUAUCACACUGCUGGCGUCUCAAAUUGUUGUUAAUUUUAGGAAUCCCGAAAAUUAAUUGCGAUGCCAGAGGCGGGAUACCCCGACUUGAAGACCUUGUGCCGCCUGUGUCUGAAGGAGCAUCUAGAUGCCUACACCAUUUUUGGCGAGGAUGCCACGGAGCUGUCCAUUCCGAUGCGUCUGAUGGCCUGUGUCUCACUGGACACAAAGCCAUCAGAUCCAUUCCCCAAAAAGAUAUGCGAGGAGUGCCGCUACCAACUGGAGAAGUCGUUCCUCUUCCGCCAACGCAGCCAGGCGACAGAGAAGAAACUGCGCAAACACAUACGCCUUCUAGGCUUGGGCAAGAAAAGCCGCGUCUUUUCAAAGGAGUCGGAUGACUACGACGAGGAUGAGCUGGAGUUUGAGGAGUCGCUGGCAUUCAUAGCCCAGCAAGACAAGGUGCGCGAGGCAGUGGUCGAGAAAUGGCGUGAACAGUUCAAGAAGGAUCAGGAGCGGGAGUACGCCAAGCGUUUGGAAGCCUCGCGUUUGGUGCUGCGCCAAGAGCUGGCGGACGAAGUGCGCAAGGAUGUGCGGGAGGAACUUCGCAACGAAGUGAACGAGGAGAUUCGUAGGGAGCAACUGGCCAAACUCGUGGGCGAACUAGAAGUAUUCCUAACCGAAAAGAAAGCCGGUUCGUGGGAACCCAUGGAUCCGGAAACAAAAGUCGUAUCCCAAGAGACCGUGCCAGAUUCGCUGCCCGCCGCCUCACUUCUCAAGCAUCCAAUUAAACGGCGUCUCAGCUCUGCCUCAAAGCACCCGCCCGUACAAUGCUUGAAAGCGGAAGAUGUCGAAUUCGUGCUUGGCGGCGAUCCAGAGACUUCAGCCGCUGAUGAAGUUGAUUUGGACCCAAUCGACAUAGACGAAGACGGCCCAACAGAUGCCACUACUCACGAGUUUAGUGAUAUUAAGAUGGUCGAUGUCGGUGCAGGAGAUGUGGUGAGGACUGAGGAUGGAGAAAUUUACAUUAUCAAUUCGACCAGUACGGUGGAGCCCAAGGACGACAGCCCUCCGCCAGAGUUUCAACAGGACAGCGACAUCACUUCUUACAACAUUAAGGACGACGGGGAGAUUCAGUUCAGCGGCGAGAAAUCGGAGGAAAUGGGCGAUGUUGUGGUAUUUAACUUGGACGGCGACAUAUCUGAGGAGCCGCAGGUCUACAACUUUGAUCAGAACCUCAUCAUUGUGCCCAAGGAGAAACCACUCAAACGUGAGAGCCGGCAGGCAGGCAAACGGAAGCGAUCGAGCGAGUUUGUGUCGAAGCAGUCGCCUCGUGAGGCCCAACCAAAGGCCUGUCGCGUCACCGAUACGGUGAAGACGUUUCAGUGUCAAAUGUGCCCAACGGCCUUCCCCACAGAGAAGCUGCUGACGCGCCACCACAAUUCCCACAUAAAGAGCCUGAAGAACGGCAAGGGUGGCUCGCUGCAGUGCCCCAUUUGUGAGCUGCAACUGUCCUGCGCCAGCUCCCUCAAGCGCCAUAUGAUUAUCCACACGGGCCUCAAGCCCUACAAAUGUGAUGAGUGUGACCUGUCCUUUUCGCAGCGCGAAGUCCUCAAACGCCACAUGGACAUCCACACGGGGGCAAAGCGUCACAAGUGUUCGCAGUGCCAAAGCUGCUUUGCCCAAAAGUCCAACCUGCAACAGCACAUUGCUCGGGUACACAUGGGAAACUCACGUACGCACAAGUGCCAUCUUUGCGAGCGCAGCUUCAAUCAUGUGUCGGGCCUCAGUCGCCAUCUCGUUGCCCAUGCUGGUGUCAUGUUCUCCUGCACGGAAUGUGGGCGACAGUUCAACGAUCGCAGCGCCGUUCAGCGACAUCUCCAGACUGUCCACAAGAUCCAAGACAAAAGGGUCGACUAUACUUCCGAACCAGAGCCGGAGUUGGGCGAGCUUGAGUUUCAAUCGGUUUAGUUUUAAUUGUAUAUUCCACGUGACUAAAGAGUUUGAUCGAGUUUUAGCUGCAAUAAAAAAGAAUUUCAUACUUGUACUUACUCUCUGCGGUGGCAGAGGAGAAACAGCAAGAAUCAUUUGUAAUUAAGUUAAUUCGAAUAAGUUACAAUUUUAUUCUGAAACUAGGGGGGGAUGCUCACAACAGUUGGCACCAAACAUCAUCAACAUAUGUAUCGGAUUGCUUUGAAAACAUUUAAAAAACAUGCAAACAUUGAAACAGCUCUUAAACACCGAGAUACAUGACAUACAAUACAAUACAUAAUUUCUAGCUAGACAUAGUACAUUCUUCAUACAUACACGCAUACAUAUAGUAUAUGUAGCAUUGUUACAAUACAAAAUAUCGUGUAAUAAAUACCACAUAAGAUGAUGUACAAUACGUUAUAGGCAAAUACAUGUAUUUUAAAUG